AUGUCGGAUUCCACCGACGAAAUAAGCGACGAGGAAGAAGAAAAAGAAGAAGAAGAGAGCGAGUUUGUGCGCGCCUCCAAUCGUCUCCUGUCCGCGCGCCAGUUGUUCGAGCACACCGUCGCUCUCGGGAAAAAGAAGAAAGGUCAACUGAAGACACUUCGGGAGGAAGAAGAGAGGAAGCGAGAGGCAAACUUCGUCGCGGAAACGCAACGGUUGAUGAGUAUUAUUCGAGAAAUGCGCGGAGGAGAAUCGUCGUCGACGGAGGAGGAGAAGUUGAGGGAAAAAGAAUGCGCGGAGAAAGAAGAGAGACGCGCUCGUCUGGCGCGGAAGAAAGCGGCGAAAGAGUUGGAACAGGCGAUAUCGUCCUACGAUCGAGAGGUUGGCGAAGCGAGAAAGGAAAGAAGAGCAAAAAACAAAGCGGAAGAGGCGAUUGAAAAAGCACUGAAAGAAGUGGAGAGAGAGUUAGAGGAGGUGAAAUUGGAAAACGAUCGCGAGGAAGGAGAGGAGAAGGCACGGAAUGAUGCCGUUGCGGAUGGAUUGAAUCGCGCGCGAGCGGCGAGGGUGAUUCAGAAGGCGUUUCGAUCGAAAAAGAAUAAAAAGAAAAGGUCAAAGAAGGGCACGAAGAAGAAGAAGGCGACGACGACGAAGAAGAAGACAUGA